AUGGGUAAAGUAGUACACCGUUCGUAUGCUUCCAAAAAAAAGGCCCUUGAACGAAUAAAAGCAAAAAGAAGAGAACGACAAAAAGAAAUAAAGGAACCAUUAAGUCGGCAUGAUAAAAAUGACGUCAUGGAUGAAGUUGGUACAGCGAUGAAGCUAUAUCACAUAAUUUACUUAACGAAACGAUGUGAUAAUGGAACAACAACUGCAGCUCCAAUAGCAGCAAAAAGAGUUGCUACAGCAAAAAUUACUCAUCAAUAA